CUCAUUUAUUUUCAUUUAGUAUUAGGUUAAUUUUAAAAUAAAUAAAAAAAUAAAAUGACUUUGUAUCAUUUUGGUAAUUGCUUGGCAUUAAUAUAUACCCCAUAUUAUUUCAGCUAUAAAUAUUCUGGAUUAUCUGAGUAUGGUGCAUUUUGGAAAUGUAUUCAAGCCGGUGGGAUUUAUAUGUUUACACAAUUGUGUAAAAUGUUAGUGCUGGCCACAUUUUUUCCAUUUACUGAUAAUGCUGAAAAUCCAGAUUUAAUUUCAGAAUUUUUAAAAUCAACGGUCGAUUUGGCUGAUAUUAUAGGAAUGUACGUUGUUCUAGCAGGAAUACCAGGCAAAGGACACAGUAAAGUAUUAACUGCGGGUAUAGGGUGGGCCACAGCUGAAGUUAUUCUAUCGAGAGCAUUAUUACUUUGGGUUGGUACCCGUGGCCAAGAGUUUGAUUGGCGCUACAUACAAAAAUGUUUAGAAUCGAAUGUUUCAUUAAUACAACACAUUUCGACGGUCACAUUAAUUUGGUUAUGGUCCAGACAUGAUCUACAAAAAACAUUCAAACCAAUUGUGACCGGAUUGAUUGUGUUCAACUGUUACAAACCAAUGUUGUUGGAUCUUUUAAUAUCGGUUUUAUUAACGGGUCCAUGGACGGCUUUAUUAAUUAAAGCUUUUGUUACGUUAUGUGUGGGUGUUGUUACAUUACAAAUUUACGCAGGACUCGCGCAAGCUAUUGGCAUUUAUUAACUUUGUCCCCGUGUACCAUUCAGUGUUGCCAACUUUCAAUUCUUAAGCCCACCAAAACAGACGAUAGAAAACCACUAAAAAACCAGGCAUAUUACCAGAUUAUUUUUCGAUUUCGAUCACAAACCUUUCAAUAAUUAGCAUAAUUUUUGGGAAGUUUGUCAUUAAAUAGCAUUUUAUUCAUAACAACCUUAAUAAAUUUUGUAUAGAGUCAUAAUUUUUAAUUGCGAGUAACUUUUCUUA